GUGACUCGUUCCUUUUUAUCCAACUCAACCCUGGGGUCUUUAGGCAGAACUUGGCUGUAAUUCACCACUAUGGGGAAAGAAAAGAUCCACAUCAACAUCGUGGUUAUCGGCCACGUCGAUUCCGGUAAAUCUACCACCACCGGUCAUCUGAUCUACAAAUGCGGUGGCAUCGACAAGAGAACCAUCGAAAAAUUUGAGAAGGAAGCAGCAGAGAUGGGCAAGGGCUCCUUCAAGUACGCCUGGGUGCUGGACAAACUGAAGGCUGAGCGUGAGCGGGGUAUCACCAUUGAUAUUUCUCUUUGGAAGUUUGAGACCAGCAAGUUCUACAUCACCAUCAUUGAUGCUCCUGGACACAGAGAUUUCAUCAAGAACAUGAUCACUGGUACUUCACAGGCUGACUGUGCUGUGCUGAUCGUUGCUGCUGGUGUCGGUGAGUUUGAGGCUGGUAUCUCCAAGAACGGACAAACCCGUGAACACGCCCUUCUCGCUUUCACCCUGGGAGUGAAGCAGCUUAUUGUUGGAGUCAACAAGAUGGACUCCACUGAGCCCCCAUACAGCCAGGCUCGCUUUGAGGAAAUCACCAAAGAAGUCAGCGCCUACAUCAAGAAGAUUGGUUACAAUCCCGCAGCUGUUGCUUUUGUGCCAAUUUCUGGAUGGCAUGGAGACAACAUGCUGGAGCCCAGCACCAAUAUGGGCUGGUUCAAAGGAUGGAAAAUUGAGCGCAAGGAAGGGGGUAGUAAUGGUACCACUCUCCUAGAAUCUCUGGAUUCCAUCCUGCCCCCUUCUCGCCCCACUGACAAGCCUCUUCGUCUGCCCCUGCAGGACGUCUACAAAAUUGGAGGUAUUGGAACCGUACCUGUUGGCCGUGUGGAGACUGGCAUCCUUAAGCCUGGCAUGGUUGUGACUUUUGCUCCAGUCAAUGUUACCACUGAGGUCAAGUCUGUUGAGAUGCACCAUGAAUCUCUUGUUGAGGCUUUGCCCGGUGACAACGUUGGUUUUAACGUCAAGAACGUGUCUGUAAAGGACAUACGUCGUGGUAACGUGGCUGGAGACAGCAAAAACGACCCACCAAUGGAGGCUGGCAACUUCACAGCUCAGGUCAUCAUCCUGAACCACCCUGGCCAGAUCUCUCAGGGUUAUGCCCCUGUGCUGGACUGUCACACCGCCCACAUUGCCUGCAAGUUUGCUGAGCUGAAGGAGAAAAUUGACCGUCGUUCUGGUAAGAAGCUUGAGGACAACCCCAAGAACCUGAAGUCUGGUGAUGCUGCCAUCAUACUUAUGAUCCCAGGAAAACCUAUGUGUGUGGAGAGUUUCUCACAAUACCCCCCUCUGGGCCGUUUUGCUGUGCGUGACAUGAGGCAGACGGUUGCUGUUGGUGUCAUCAAGGCUGUUGAUAAGAAAGCCUCUACUGGUGGCAAAGUCACUAAAUCUGCUCAAAAGGCUCAGAAAAGCAAAUGAAUUCCUUCAUCAGACACCGAAGACAUGCUUACACAGUCCACUCCUGCAAUGUCCCAGAAUUUUAACUUGUUUCUUAAAGACUGGCUUAUGUUGAUACAAGCUCAUCGCAAAAGCUUCAGAAGGAAAGGAGUUCAUUAAUUUGAACAAAAUUAUUACAAUAAUAAAAUUCAUUAUAAACAAAA